AUGGAUCGCGAGGAAGAACUUCCGUGGGAUCUUCCGUCAUCGAAAGUGGUCAAACUCGUCGCCAUUCUGGUGGCCGCGUUGGCCUGUGUACGGGCGGAGGAGUUCGAAGGAUACUUCUACCCGAAGCCGAGCUGCGCCCUCUCGGACACGGUCUACGUAACGCAGACGGAGACCAACUAUCAGCGGGUGACGGAAACAGUGAUGCUGCCCGCCUACCAGGACGAGCAGACGGUCGUGUCGUCGGUUUACAUCACGACAACGGUGCCCGUCUACCAGACGCUUACAAAUACCGCAACGUACACCGUCACUCUGCCACCGAUCGUGUCGACGUACACCAGCAUUACGGCCACACCGGUCUACCGAACGGAAACACAGACCCGCACCGUUACCCAACCGCCGCAGAUCGUCUACAGCACUGUCCAGCUUCCGCCGGUCACGCGUACCGAAACCUCACUCGUUACCCGCACCAGUCAAGUCCUGUCGACCGUGCGUGACACCGUUACACUCCCUCCGGUAACGCUUCCGGCUCAAACGAUCUACACAACCAUUCAGCUGCCCCCGGUCACCUCCACGUCCGUCUACACGGUGGCCACCCCGGUAACGGAAACGAGGACUGUCACCCAGACCCUGCCCGGCCAACCCCAGCCAGCGCAGACCUCCUACGUAACACUUCCGCCCGUCACCAAGACUUUCUGCGCGCCCACGUACCUGCCGCCCCAGAACACGCGGGCCGCGUACGAUAAUGCCCGCUACACGAACGGACUGUUCUAG